AAAUGUAAUCAAUUUAAAAUUCAGGCUGUAACAUAACAACGUGGGAAAAGUCAAGGGGUGUGAAUAUGUCCUUAAGGCACUGUAACUGUCAGAGAGCAACACACAUUGUAGUUUAUGAUAUGAUAUUUAGAAGAUGCUUUUAUCCAAAGCGACUUAAAGUCAUGCGUGCAUACAUUUUUGUGUAUGGGUGGUCCCGGGGAUCGAACCCACUACCUUGGCGUUACAAGCGCCGUGCUCUACCAGCUGAGCUACAGUUAUGUCAGAUGUAAACCUCACUGUAUGUGAGAGAAAAACAAAUCAUUAAGAGCGUAAUUUAAUUUAAAAUGGGAUGUUUGCACUUACAAAUAUAGCCUAGUACUAGUUGUACUACACCCAUUGAGACAUUUAAGUCAUAUUCAGGUUGUAUUCAAAACAUUUGCAAUUACCAAUAUGUAGCAGGAAAUCUUUGAUUGCAUUUUUAAUUAUAAGAGUGGGCCCAUAGCAAUGGCCCAUAACCAAUAGUGGGCUAUAGCCUCGCAGCAUUUGCCAAUUAAAUCACACCACAGAAAUAACUGUUCGAGCAGACCAAAAUGUUUCCAAUCCAUCUUAUUAUGUUCAUGACAGUACAAUAUUGAAGUAUUUAAAGAGACAAGCGAUAGCUUUUUGUUGGACCAUCCCCCAAUGUGCGCGAGUGCUUUGCAGCUCCGGGUUGCUGCGUGCAUCGUGAUCUCGCAGAUGCAGAGCCUCUUGCAGAAGAAGCAGGGUCACCUUCUGUCAUUCCAAAAAGAGAGCUGAUAAACAUUAAGAAUAUAUUUGGAUAACACGCUUAGCCUACACCCUGGUGACUUCCUGUAAAGGACAGCAGCUCUCUCCAGGGUUUAUGGAAACCUGAUUUCUCAUCCAGCGGUGAAGUGCAUGAGGAAGCCAGCUCUGCUGCUGACACAUUUAGAGUUUAGCCUGCUUUGCCACAACCAGGAAAAUGUCGGGGUCCUACGAUGAAUCUGCUGCUGCUGCUGACGACGCUAUGGACAGCUUUUGGGAGGUGGGGAACUACAAGCGUGCCGUCAAGAGGAUUGACGACGGCCACCGGCUCUGCAAUGACCUCAUGGGCUGCCUUCAGGAACGUGCCAAGAUUGAGAAGGCCUAUGGUGACCAGCUGACCGCCUGGUCCAAGAGAUGGAGACAGCUGGUCGAGAAAGGACCCCAGUAUGGCACUGUGGAGAGGGCGUGGCUGGGUGUGAUGACCGAGGCUGAGAAGGUGAGUGAGCUGCACCAGGAGGUGAAGAACGGCCUGCUCAACGAAGACCUGGAGAAGGUGAAGAACUGGCAGAAGGAGGCCUACCACAAGCAGAUGAUCGGAGGCUUCAAGGAGGCCAAAGAGGCCGACGAGGGCUUCAAGAAGGCCCAGAAACCAUGGGCCAAGAAGCUCAAAGAGAUGGAGACUGCAAAGAAAACAUACCACAUGGCGUGUAAGGAGGAGAAACUGGCCGCCACCCGAGAGGCAGAUGGGAAGACACAAGCCUCCGUCACAACAGACCAGCAGAAGAAACUCCACGAGAAAACAGACAAGUGCAAACACGACGUGCAGAAGGCUAAGGAGAAGUAUGAGAAGUCUCUGUCUGAGCUGAGUGCUGUCACGCCCCCAUACCAGGAGAGCAUGGAGCAGGUGUUUGACCAGUGCCAGCAGCACGAGGUCAAAAGGCUCACCUUCCUCAAGGAGAUCCUGCUGGACAUCAAACGUCACCUCAAUCUCACUGAGAACCAAAGCUAUGGCACGGUAUACAGAGAACUGGAGCGCACCAUCCUGGGUGCCAACACACAGGAGGACCUGCAGUGGUUCAGCAACCACCAUGGCCCAGGCAUGCAUAUGAACUGGCCAAUGUUUGAGGAUUAUUUACAACAACAUGGAACAAAGGUUCAGGAGUACAACCCAGAUGCCACUGCUGCUGUUGUUAAGAGGGAGAAGGUGCAGAAGCCGGCUGGGGCCCCACCGACCCCCAGCACUGACCAUGUGGCUCCACCUGGAGACCGUGGCAGCAUCAGCGCUGAUCAUGUGGCACCACCUGGUGACCGUGGCAGUGUGAGCAGCUAUGAAAAGAACCAGGCCUACUCCACUGAGUGGUCCGAUGACGAUGCGCCUGCAGCCUACUCAGGCGGUGAGACCAACGGGGGUGGAAAUGGAAACUCCUUCGAGGAAGACUCUGGCAGCGCAGGGAAAGGGGGUGCUGGGACCGGGACCACGUCCGGGGUCCGAGUGCGUGCUCUGUAUGAUUAUGACGGACAGGAACAAGAUGAGCUCACCUUCAAAGCUGGUGAUGAACUGACCAAAACUGAGGAUGAAGAUGACCAAGGCUGGUGUAGAGGUCGCCUGGAUACAGGCCGAGAGGGACUGUACCCGGCUAAUUACGUCGAGGAGAUCUAAUGAUCCUAGAGAAGGAGGACAUGCCAUUGGAGGCAGCUCGGACUGUCUCAUCCAAUCGCACUGCACAUAGCCAGAGACUUACGAGCAACACAUCCCUUGCCCAACAGAUGAGCCAAUCAGAGUCUUGACUAAAUAAAAUCUUAGUAUAUUAGUAGUAUAUUAUAUUAUAUUUAUCCAGUAUUUGGGGUGAGGAGGACUUAAACACUAAAACAGGAGCAGCAUUUAUUUGUGUACACAAACUCAAACAUACUGUAACAUCGAGCCAAUGCAGGGACACAUUUGUGUCGCUGUGUUCAAUAUAAAGAUCAUGCAGAUGAUUCAACGUUUUUGCAGUAUAUUCUCCUAUAACAGUGUGACGAUAAUGUAACCAAUUAUAUCUACCUGCCGGUUUAACCAGAACAAGCUACUCAGCCUACAUUGUGUAUAUAUGACACUGUUUUAUGUAGCAGUUUCAAUGCUGUGUGUGUUCAGUCCUCAUCCUUACAUUGGGAAUGCUGUGUAGUGUUAAAAGUACAACAAAAUGUAUCCUAGAUUUUAUAAUUUUCUCUUUUGUGAUUUGGUCUAAUCCCUUUUACCAGUUGUGCAGUGGUAGAGUAUCUGUUUGUCUCUGUUUCUCAGUUGGUUUGCUAUAGCAGCAUGUGCUAUGCAACAUGCUUUCCCUAAACCUCCAAGCCAUAUUAAGGCUACAAGAUGCAACUAAUCCCCUGAUAUGAAAACCAAUGCAGAGAACCAGAGUUCACCAUUAGACACAGACACAGCAUUGGAAUAGCACCACAAGCUUGUGUCUGCCUUCAUACCCGGAAGUGGAGAGGGUGGAUAGAUUAUUUUCUCUCUCUUCCCAUCACCACCCUUGAAUCAUAACAUCUCAUUUCCAUUAAUUGCAAGGUAUUUUAGAAGAUUUGUUCAUUUCGAUCCAUUGCUGUGUUUUAUCUAGAAUACCUGUGAGGGAACUUCUGCAUUUUAGGGUCAGUAGGCAAGGUAUUAUCACCAGUUUGCUUUGAUUUAAUCUGUCAGUGCUGACAAGAACGUUUCGGACAAUUUGAUUGUUCAGGUGAUGUAUUCAGGCAUAUUUAAUGUGAAUUUAGUUGUUUUCCUGCUGUAGGGGGAAAACAGCAUAUAGAAAAAAUUGUUUUGAACUAUGUUACUGUUCGAUGGUUGUCUCCUGGUAAGAUAGGAACAUCAGUCUUGACGGUACCAUGCUGCAGAUCCUUGUCUUAAAAUGGAAACGUGGACAUGAAUGUACUAUUGUAGGGGCCUGGAAGGAGACAUGCUGUAUUUAACUAGGCAUGUUUUAUUCCAUUGUCAUAGAGAACACUACCAGAAAAAAAAGUGGUUUUGAGCCCAUUUACCUACUUAGGCCAAAGAAUGACCAAAAUCCGAAAAUGCAUAAAACUCUCUCUAUCCAUGCAAUAACUCACAUAUCACAUAACCCUGUCAAGGAUUUUCUUGUCAAGAUGCAACUCAUGCAACUAACUGCUUCCUGUCCUCUGCAUAUUUCUUUGUUCAUUCAGUAGGCGAUCCACAUGGGGGAAGACAAGAGCAUACCACAGUGACCACAGUAUAUCAGAAAUAAUUUAUUUGUCUACAGUAAUUAACUUUACUUUAGAUUGCUCCCAGUAGUAUACUUCACAUGCUCACACCUAACUCAGCCCCAGCUUUGAAUACACAUUUAUAAACUGGAUGGUUCGAGCCCUGAAUGCUGAUUGGCUGUAAACCGUGGUAUAUUUAAGCAAUAAGGCCCGAGGGGGUGUGGUA